ACAAAAAUCUACAUUCCAUUUCCUGUUUUACCGUUUGAAAGGCGUUAUUAUUUCUUUAGUAAAUUCUUAUUGUUCCCAAAUUGUGUUUCAAGUUAACUUAAAUUAUGGCCAGGAAGCCAUUAAACUUUAAGGAUUUAUCAUGCGAGGCGCCACCCGAGCCACGAAGCAUCCAGCUGGAAGGCGAAAAGAAGUCGGUGGGGGAGACACUCAACUUUCUGAAGAUGACGUGUGAGCGCGAACCAAAGCCCACACCGCGCGACUACCCGACGGUCGCGGAUGAGUUGAAUGCGCGCCUUGGUAUGCUUCAGGUGCGUCCCAAUCGCAGCCCAGCUAUUAAGCGAUUGGUUACUUCGCGCGCCGCCGACGUACAACACAUGUACAAGCUGCAGUGCAUCUGUCCACCAUUCCAUCCGUGCUACUUGCCGUGUCAGCAUACGGGCCAGAUCAUAAUUGAUCGUGAUGUAUUGACCAGGGAGGAACACUUGUGCUUUCUGGCAACCCCGAAAAAGGACAUGGGGGCACCACGAAAACCACCGCACUGUUAUCAAAAGAGAAUACCAAUGCCGACCUGCACAGCACGUGUGGAGCGCCUAGCCGACCCACACCCGAUGCACGUCAAAGACACAUGGAAGUACUUCAAGAAUCUGUUGUCUCCACGACAUGUGAGGGCGCUGGAAGCACACCUUAUGCCAAAGCCGCCUGUAGAGAUCAUGCCAUUAGAUAAGGCUCUGGAAUACAUCGAAGAGGAGAACCGACUACAACGAGUGGCGAAACAAUUGCAUCGCAGACGUUGUCGCAGUUUGAAGAAGCGAAUCUUACAGCGUCAGCGGAAACAAAUGCGUAAAAUCAUUUGCGUGCUAUUCGAAGAAAUGAAGGACUUUCUGCUGAACGAUCAGUUUAUCAUUGACGAACACUCGCCGCUUUGUGCCGUCAUUUUGGAGCGUAUCAAGGACUUUACAGAUGAGGAAUUCUACACUACGAGCAAUUUGCGCGAAUAUCAGCGCAUCUUAGCAAAUAACCUCACUGUAUGGAUUAACAAGUUCAUUUCAAAUCUUAAUAUUUACUUGGCACCUCAGCAAAUCGCCGUACAGCGACCAAUUAUGCAUGCUGAAGACCCCGAACAAUUCGUACCACUUUCCGACUAUAUUUCUGUAUCAGAAGUUAUACCCGAGGAGGCCGGUGAAGAGUUUCCAAUGCCAUGGGAAGCCUAUGAGGAUCUUAAUUACGAUGAAGACUAUCUGCCCGAUGUUUUGGAUAACCCAGUCGACCAGGUGGCUUCCGAAAAUACCCUGGUUAACGACUAAGCAGUCACUCACCUUUCAACUGGCUCCAGCUGAGCUCCUUAUACACGCCAUUGCUGUGGACCUUGGCACCAUGAUUUCUCAGUAUAUCUACAGGCAUCGCACGGAAGAGAAAAUGUAGAAAACUCUGAAAUUGUACCAAAACAAAAUUACAUGUAGUACAUCUAUCAAAAUUGCACGUAUGUAAAAGUAAAUCAAAAAGUAUAGUAUAUAUAAACGGUUUAGUAAUAAACAACCGUUGACCUUA